AUUGUUUUAAUUUAAGAGGGAAUUAAGAGCUAUUAAUAAUCAAUUAGAAAAUUAGUUAAUUAGAAAAAGCUUAUUAAAUUGAAAAAAAAGUAAACAUAAAACAAAACAAUAAGAAAUAUUAAGUAAUCAAAUAAAAUCAAUAGCUAUCCUAAAAAUUUAUUAAAGAUGAAUAAAUACCUUGUUUUAUUAGUUCUUCUUGCAUUCGCUAGAUAAGCCAAUGCUGUAUGCGCUGCAAACGCUUCAGGUGUCAUUGGUAGCUGUUUAUGUAAUUAAGGAUACUAUGGCUCAAAUGCAGAAAACGGAGGAAGUUGCACUUAAUGUCCAGCUGGUUCAACAACAGCUGCUCCUUCAAUAGCAAAUGGAGGAAACACUAAUUCUAGUGUUGAUGUAAGCGUUUGCAACCUAUGUUAACUUAACUAUUAUAUGACAACAGCUGCAGCAGCAGCCAAUGGUGGAACUCCUGCCAGUGGCGCUUCUUGCUCUUAAUGCACUGGAGGUUCUGGAAAUACUGUCAAUUAAAGCUCUGCUGGUGAUGCUAGUUAAUGUAAUACUUGUAAAGCUAAUUAUUACAUGACUGCAGUAGCCUCUGGCAGUUCAGCAGCUACUUGUUCAGCAUGCACCAAUGGAAGUGGAAAUACAGGAGUUAACUCAGCAGGUAAUGCUUCUUAAUGCAACAUUUGUAAACCAAAUUAUUAUAUGAGUACUGCCGCUAGUGGUACUUCUGCAGCAACUUGCGUUCAAUGUCCAGGAAAUUCUGGUAAUCUUACUGGGGCUACCUCUGCAGGAGAUGCUUCUUAAUGUAAUGGAUGCUUACCAAACUUUUACAUGACUGCUCUUCCUGCAACUGGAAGUGCAGCAACUUGUUCUGCUUGUCCAUAAUAUACAUUCAGUUACUUCAAUACUUAAAUAGGAUUUUGUACCUGUUAUGACCCUAAUGCUUAACCUUUAACUGCUUAAAACUAAACAUGCUAAUGCUAUGUAGGAUAUUCAGGAACACCUGCAUAAACAGCAGGUGCUCCCUCAGGCUGUCUUGUUUGUUUAUCUGGCUGGUAUUCACCAGGAGCUGGAGCUGCUUGUAUUUAAUGCCCACCUGGAGCUUCAGCUACUGCAAACCAAGGAGCUUGUGUUUGCAAUGAUAACAGUACAGGAACUAUACCUUGGAGUUCUUCAACUAAUGUUUGCUAAUGCUAAGCUAAUUAUUAUGGCGAUUUUUCUUAAGCACUCACUUACGGAGUUACAGGUACUUGUACUCCCUGCCCUGCAGGUAGUUCAUCAGCAAUAGGAGCAGCUAAAUAAUUAACUGAUUGCAUAGGUGCAAGUUCUGUAGUUAGUUCUGGUUCAACUUCAACUACAGGUACUUCUUCUGGUUCUACUGGUUCAUAUAUUCUUACCUUCGUAUCUUUAUUGCUUUCAUGCUACUUAAUUAUUUGA